CGAGUGUGUUAAUACCAUUCUCAGUAAUUCGUAUUAUAUUGUUCUGUAAUUGAUUAUCUGUUUGACUACAAAAUGGAUUUCGGUGAUGAUUUUGCAACCAAAGAGGAAGUUGAUCCAGCGGCAGAGUUUUUGGCACGCGAGCAAUCAGUUCUUGGAGAUCUUGAAGCGGAAAUAACCGGAGGGUCGGCGACAGGUGCAACUGUGGCUCCCGCAACUGACGAUGGACUGCUUGGCGGUCUUGUGGGCUCUGGUGCCGAAUUGGGUAGCGAAUUAUCUGCUGCUGUUGGAGGUGGUCUCGAAUCAUCAACUGGCAGCUUCGAGGUAAUUGGUAGCGAAUCGAACGAACCAGUCGGCAUCUCAGGACCACCGCCGUCGCGCGAAGAGCCCGAGAAAAUCCGCAAAUGGCGUGAGGAUCAAAAGCAGCGGCUUGAGGAAAAGGAUGUUGAAGAGGAGCGCAAAAAGGAGGAAUUGCGCCAGCAGUCCAAGAAGGAGUUAGACGACUGGUUGCGCCAGAUUGAGGAAUCCAUCUCGAAAACAAAACUAUCGUCGCGCAAUGCGGAAAUCCAAGCAGCAUCGCUAGAGAACGGUGCUAUUGAGCCUGGAACCGAGUGGGAACGCAUUGCUAAGCUCUGCGAUUUCAAUCCUAAGGUUAAUAAAGCUGGCAAAGACGUUUCACGUAUGCGAUCGAUUUACCUGCAUCUGAAGCAGAAUCCCAUACAAUUGCAGAAAAGCGCCUAAAAUAUAAAGCACAGCAUCAAUGCACCUAAUCAAACAUUUUGAUUGAAUAUUUAGAUUCUUAUACAAAGUAUUUACAAUAAAUUCCAAUUAUAUUAAAUAUAAA